AUGGUUCAAAUUCAUAAAGCCUUUAGAGUCUAUGGUGAGCUGGAUGAAAAUAACAAUCCAGAUACUGCACUUCAGGGUGCGAGGGAAAGUACGGGAGGAGGAGGAGAGAGUGAUGAAGAGGAGGGGGGAGAUAUCACAGGUGUCGAGUUUGUUGAAGCCGGGGCAACAUUGGAUGAAGAUAAUGGCUUGGAAUACCAGCUGCCAAAGCACCAACGUUGUGCAUGCCACCUUCUCAACCUGAUCUCCACUGCUGAUGCCUUGAAAGCAAAUGGAAAUCCAGUGUACAAGCGGCUGUCUCGUUCAGCAUUCUCCAAGUGUUCAAGUCUGUGGAGCAAAAGCUCAAGAUCUACCACAGCCGCUGAAAUCAUAGAAGAUAACUGCAAACUUCAGCUCCUGAGGCCAAAUGAGACACGGUGGAACUCCCUUUUCUUUGCCGUGGAGAGGAUUGUGAGAAUCCUAAAGGAACAAGGAGAAGGAGCAAUCACAGCUGUCUGCAGUGCGCUAAAGAUACCUAUGUUCACUCCUGUUGAGCUUGCGUUUCUGGCAGAGUAUACCAAGACUAUGAGCCCAAUUGCAAAGGCGCUUGAUGUUCUCCAGGGAGAGGCCAAUGUACAGAUGGGAUGGUUGGUACCUACAAUAACACUACUCCAGGCGAAGCUCCAGCACCUCUGCAUUUCCUCCAAGUCCUGUCGGCCUUUGAUUGAAGCACUUCUAGCAGGGCUUGAAAAACGUUUUGGACAGAUGCUUACAGAUCCAGAGCUAAUUGCCGCUGCCAUUCUCGUCCCCAAAUUCAAGACCUGCUGGACAAGUGAUGAAUGUAUCCUAAAACUGGGCCUUGACUACAUCAAAAGUCACCUGAAGGAACAAGUUGUGGUGAAUGAAGGUGAUGCGUCCCAUUCUUCGGAGGAGGAGGACUUUUUUUCAGCAAUCAAGCACUCUAGUUCCCAAGAAAAUACCAAACAGCUGGAGACCUACCUGGGGUGUCCAGGUGAUACAAUGGAUGUACUGAAGUCUUUCCCAGCAGUAUGCCACCUGUCAUUGAGGCUUAACACGGCACUACCUGCUUCCGCUGCCUGCGAGAGACUGUUCAGCACUGCAGGCCUGAUUUUUACACCAAAAAGGGCCCGUGUUGAUGCCAUAAACUUUGAAAAACAGCUUCUUUUGAAGCUAAACAGAGAUUUCUGGUAGUUUUGGAUUCUUUCUCUAUAUCAUGCAAACACACAUUCACAUUGAUACCCAUGUGUGUACACACACACACACACACACACACACACACACACACACACACACACACAUGCUAAAAAAAGGUUCUGUUUGUUAUGUUGCCUUAGAAGUUAGUUUUGAAGGGUCUUGGAUGUUCAUCCUACAUCAAGCACACACAGACUUUGAGCUAUUCUGUACAUUUGAUCACUUGCAGUCUCUCUCUCCAUGUCCGAGAUUUUUCUUUAACAUUGAGCUCCUGCUCUCAAUGGGAAAGCCUUUUCGUUCAAGACUUUUCCCCAGUGUAACAGAGUUUUUGUUUAGUUUGAUGAAGGUGGUUGGCCAGCUAUUUUAUAGAGAAAAGUGUGUAAUUUGUGUGCAAAUAUACAGUAUCUAAAAACACGUUUUAAAAAUCCACUGUCCUACACACAAUUAAGUUAUGACACUUUAAGCAUUACAGAAGGUCUGAAUACCCUUGUUGCUCCCAAGUUCUUGAAGGGAUUCAGGACAAAUCCAUGUACUGCUACAGAUUUGUGGGCAUACAUCACUUGCCAUUUGAC